AUGCCCCGAUCUCGCUCCAGCAUGACAAGCGAGGGCCACGAGCGCCUCGAGCCACGACUCCUCCGCGCUGCCGAAAACGACGAUGUUGAAGCCCUCCACAACACCAUCACCCUUGCGCGCGAAUAUGGUCAACUCACCGACAACUUUCUCCGUAUCGCUCUCAUGCGCAGCGCUGAGCGCAAUCGCAUUGCGACAACUGAGCACCUCCUGAAACUCGGCGCCAAAACUGAUGUCGCGAGCAAUAGACUCUCACCGCUCCUACGUGCCGUCGAGCGAGAUCACUAUCAGAUUGUGCGACUACUUCUUGACGCUGGCGCAUCGCCCGAUAGUACAGAUAAAGAGGGCCGGACUGCGCUGAUGACAGCGGCGUGGAAGAACCAUGCGGAUGUCCUACAGCUAUUGAUUAUGCGGGGCGCAGAUGUGAAUGCGCGCGAUUUAAGGAAAAGGAACGUGAUGCAUAAUCUUGCUGCAGAUAAGGAGUGCUCAUGGGGUUGGGGUGAUGAGAUUGUGAGAUUGUUGAUGAGGACGGACUGCAAGAUUGAUGGGGUUGAUGGACAGGAUGAGCUUGGUCGCUCCCCAUUGCAUUGGGCUUGCGCGACGGGAAAUUCGCGCCUCGCUGAGCUACUACUUACUCGGCCAGAUGGGGGACCGAAGGCAGAGAUCGAUGCUAUGGAGUUGCGGGGGAAGACGGCUUUACACAUUGCGACAGCACACGACCGAGCAGACAUUGUCCAAUUGCUUCUGACGCACGAUGCCGCGGUCAAUGCUUGCAGUGAUGGUGGUUGGACGCCGCUGCAUAAUGCAUGUGACAAGGGAUGCGAGGAGAUUGUUCGGAUUUUGUUGCGCGCGGGCGCGCAUAUCAAUAGCCAGCUCUUGAAUGGUGUGACGCCGUUGCAUCUCGCAGCGCAGGGGGGCCAUAGGGAGGUUGUGGAAUGCCUUUUGGAAAGACCAGAUCUCAGGCGGCGGGUGCGAGAUAAUUUUGGUAGCACUCCUUUUUUACGUGCAGCGCAGUUCAAGAGAAAGGAUGUGGUGCUGUUGUUGGCUCCGUUCAACAAUGUCGAAUCUCUAUCGGAAGAUGUCAAGCAAGCCUCUGCAGCCUUCGAUAGUACAAUUGUGGAUUUUGGAAAUUUCCACAAUGAGAACCGUGUGCAGCGAAUGUCGGUCUACAAUCUGCUUUAUGGUCGAGACCCUGAGAAUCCGCGCAAGCAGGCUAUGACCACGGUCCCCGCUGAUAGCCGCGCAACGGAAUUUCGUUGGAUUCAUCUACCGGCCAAUAAUAUGGCUUGGGUUGAGGCUCUUCUGACCAAGUCCUUCAUUGAAGAAGGCGCCCAUGACGUGGAUGGUUUCAAGGGCCUUGAGAAGUCUUUUAAUUAUCAACAUCGUGGCCAGAAGAUUCACUCACACUUCAUGCGACCCUUAUGCCAAAAUACGCCUCGUACGCCGAGACGGCGAGAAGAUGAAAAGACAGAAGAACCACCGGCAGAUAGCCAAUCGAUAAUCACAGAUAACAGUUCUGUGGUUCGCAAGCAGAAAGGACUAACAGGAAAGGUGGAUCGAGGAGGUUCCCUUGACGAAGGUAAUGAAGGUCUCCCCGGGAAGAAGAACAAGAACAACCAAAAGCGUGGCAAAUCAGGAAGCAAUCCUGGGACCCCGAAAACCGAAAACAAAGCCAAAGCUCCUUGGGGCUCAAAUGAUAAAGGACGGCUUUCGCUUCAUUCUUCCUCUUUCUGCAAAGAACCCUCUAGCCUCACUUCCGCAUGUAAUAUCUGCGUUUUCAUGCCAUAUUUGCACUUCGAGACUGCAGAGCGCCGACAGAAAAUGCAAGAUGCGAUCCAACGGGCUGAGAAAUUAAGGUUCGAUCCUCAGCAUUUGAAGAGAAGUCGUACGCGGGAUGAGAUGCUGAUUGAUGCGCAUCUUUCAUCUUCCACUACCUCUCUCCAUGUUCGCCGAACCUUGGACCAAUUCUUUUACCCCAAUAUUGAUACACAGAGUCGGGACCAGGACCAGGUUGUUUAUCGAUACCAAACCAAGGGCCCUGGGUGCGAGGGGCCAGGCAAUGACCCGAAGAUUUUCAUGGUUGAUCAGCUUUGGAUGUGGGUUUUGGGCACAAACCUCAUUGUGACCAGUUUUCCUCAGCGUUGGGAUCAACCCAAAAACGAUCCACUAAAUGUGCUGGACGGGAUCAUCGAGGACAUCAAUUCCAAGACCCGUGAUCCUGUCAAGUCGGUAUAUGACCUAGCGAUCAUCAUUACCAACCGAUGCUCCGGCGUCUUCGAUCGACACCGACUGGGAGAUGACGAGUACCAGUUCCUGGACAUGUUUGAAUCUUCCAUUGGUAUAGCGACUGAUCGGGAGACACUUCUAUUUAAUCGGUUCAAUCAUGCGUCUGCACAGGCAUCGAGCUGGCUUAAGAGCCAUCGCAAGCUGAAUAAAUUCGCCCGUAGCAGGACCCGUUCAGCAUCUAGCCGAGACAUGCCAGAGGAAGAAAACCCGGAUAGCGAUGAUGAUUCUUGUCAUGGCGAUGGCUCACCCCUUUUCGUCGAUGAUCUCCUCGAUAUUGGAGAGGAAACCGAUCUUCUUGCCGAGAUUAAAGAUAUCCGUGAUGAAUUGAACAUGAUUCGUACCGUGCUAGAGCACCAGAAGCACGUCCUUGCAGACUUCCAAGAAGUGAUCUGCGAAACUUAUCAAGGGCAGCAUCGGUCCCAAUACGAGGUCAAAAAGCGGUUCAAAGACCAACAGCGGAUGAUUGACAUGCACCUGAAAGACAUUGACCGCAUGGAUAAACAAGCUGAGCGGAUCUACCACUCCAUCACUGACCUACUCGAUCUCAAACAAAAACAUGCCAACGCCUUCGAGGCCCGUUUUGCCCGUGAUCAGGCAGCUGGAACCACUCGUCAAAGUAAGACAAUCAUGGUCUUCACCAUUGUUACCAUUGUCUUCCUGCCGCUAUCAUUCAUUACCUCCAUCUUCACGAUCAACCUGAAAGAAUUCAAUAACUUGAAGCUCGAAUAUGUAGCAAAGUAUACAUUUGGUGUUGGCUUUGCCAUUUCCAUUCCCCUUAUUCUCGUUGCGCUUUCACUGGAUGAUAUUGGUGAUUUCUUCCGCCACGGUAGACGCUGGCUGCCCUUCUCCCACCGGGAUACAGCCCCCGCUGAGCGAACGGAGGGCAAUAUUCAGCCACUGGAGAUUGAGAAGAUAAUCAGUUUGGCUCGAUCACGCAGAAGUGCUGAUUUGGAUUAUGGGCCCAGCCUACUGCCUGUUUCUACUCGUGGCACUGGCACGUCGAGAAGGCCGGAAGGUCUGUAUGCCAAUGAAUUGAAUGGGACACUGAGAAAGACUUACGAGAUACGACGCAGCGUGGAGUACAGGCCUGCAUAA